AUGACUUGCCACAUAAAGGUGUCGUAUAACAGGUUAUGCCAACAAGUUCGCAUGCAUGCUCUGCCACAAAAGUCAAGAGUUGUUAUCACACGAGCAAAUGGAUGGUCGAAGUUGGAAAGAUCAUCAAAGGCGUCAAAUGUCAUUCGGCACCGAACGGAAAAUUCUUAG